UGUGCGAUUUCCAAAUAGUCGGGCUCAGAACGUGGUUAGACUUUGACAAUGUACAUAGCAGUGGGGUUAGGGUUGUUAUGUGUCGUGCUCGCUGUGUGGUCGACGUGGUUCAGGCAGAAACCUGAUGCACCUCCUAUGAUGCCAGGAUUUCUUCCGAUAAUAGGACAUUCACAUCAUCUUAUCGGAGACCGUAAACAUCUCUGGAAGUAUAUACAAUACUUAACCUUAACAUCACUCAAGUAUGGCGGAGUUGUAGAAGUAUGGUUUGGCAUAAAGAGACAUUAUGUUCUAACCGAUCCAGAUGAUUGCCUUAAACUGGCCAAUACAUGUUAUAGUAAAUCUUACAUCUAUGACUUUGCAAAGGACUUCCUAAACAAUGGAUUAGUAACAGCAGACGCGGCCACAUGGAAAGUGCAUCGCAAAUUAUUAAAUCCUGCUUUUAACCAACAAGUUUUGGAUACAUUCAUUAACGAAAUGAAUAUUCAAGCACGAAAUGUUGUCUCAAAUUUGAAAAAUGAAUUAGAAAAUGAGUCUUUUGAUGUUCUGCGCCACAUAGUCAGCUUCACGCUAUCAACUGUUAGCCGAACAUCUCUUGGGUUAACAGAUGAAGACCAAAAGAUAAUAGACACGGAUUAUGCUGCAGCUAUCGACUCCAUAUUUGCUCUAUACUGCGACAGAUUCCAAAAAGUUUGGUUGCAUCUCAAUUUUAUUUUUAAGUGGAGCGAAAUAAAACGCAAACAAGAUAGACUAUUGAAAAUUUUGCAUGAUAUUAUGAUUCCGCUGAUAUUGAAAAGAAAAUCGGAGCUGUCGACUAAAAGAGAACCUACGUAUUAUGAAGAUAGGCCCGGUAAAUUUAAACCAAUUCUUGAUCAGAUGCUUCAAAUGGCAAGUGAUCAUGGAGUAUUCUCCGAUGAAAACAUCAGAGAACACUUAGAUACUCUCGUAGCAGCAUCAUAUGAUACAACUUCUUCAGCGAUGACCCACAUGUUGCUGGCGAUUGCAACUUACCCAGAAAUACAGAACAGAAUAUAUAAUGAAAUACAAGAAGUUCUGCAGAACAAAGAUGAUGAUUUUACUAAACAUGAUCUACAGAAGCUGGUCUACUUAGAGGCAGUAAUGAAAGAGUCGUUGAGAUUGUACAGCGCUACUCCACUUAUAAGUAGAAAAAUUGAUGUAGAUAUAAAACUAAAAAACUGUACAAUACGUGCCAACAGCGCUUCUAUCAUUGGUGUGUAUGCUCUCCACCGUCAUCCUCUCUGGGGUCCCGAUGCAAAUGAAUUCAAACCAGAGCGCUGGUUGGAUCCCAGCAUUUCUUCAUUACUUGAGAAGCCUGCCCUCUUUGCUGCCUUUGGUAUUGGCAAACGAAACUGCAUCGGAAAAUCGUACAGCAUGCUGAUGAUGAAGAUAGUACUAGCACACAUUGUUCGACAAUAUCAUAUUUCUGGCGACAUUCACAAAGUAGUAUGUGAAUUUGACAUAGUUUUGAAACCGGUAUCAGGACACCAUAUUGGUUUGAAAUUAAGGUCUUAAGAUUGUAAAAAUAAUUGCUCUGUAAUGCCUAAUGAUGGAGACACAGAAAAGUAGAAAAUAAUUGUUUAUUUUGUAAGUUGUUGAAAUAUAUUCUUAAGUCAAGUUCGAGUUCUUUAUUGUAAUCUAUAUAGAUAGAAGAAAUAUAAUAAAAGAGACAUACAUAUAGAUAAUAAAAUUGUAGAAAA